ACGUAUAUCGUUAAUUCCUUCAUUCAUCCAUUUUACUUUCUUCGUCUUUCGUAACUGUUAGUGCUUGGCGGCAGUUGAUCACAUCAGAAAGACUUUAUUUGUUACAAGUUACCAAGGGCGAGUUUCAUGUCUGAAUUCGACACAAACAUCCCAACUACUUUUGAUCCCUUUGCUGAGGCAAAUGCUGAGGACUCAGGAGCUGGGGCAAAAGAGUAUGUUCAUGUUCGUGUUCAACAGCGGAAUGGAAGGAAAAGCCUAACAACUGUUCAAGGAUUAAAGAAAGAGUACAGCUAUAGCAAGAUACUCAAAGACCUGAAGAAAGAAUUCUGCUGUAAUGGUACUGUUGUCCAGGACCCUGAGUUGGGCCAGGUCAUACAACUUCAGGGAGAUCAAAGAAAGAAUGUUUCUACUUUCCUUGUGCAGGCUGGCAUAGUAAAGAAGGAGCAUAUCAAGAUUCAUGGUUUCUAAGGCCUAACCAACAGUGGCAAUUUAGCUUUCAUGUUAAAUAUACAGCCUGCUGACUACAUUUAAUAGCAUCAGAGCAGCAGCCUAUAAAUCUGAAUUCAAGCUAUCAGUCGCAGCAACAUUCUGUUAUAUUGUAGUUAAGAGUUAUACAUAAUAUGCUCUUCUAGUUUUUGCCUUUUUUGGAUGGUUAUUACUGGGUUUGUGUGUUAAGGAUUAUAUGUCUGCAUCUAUGACUGCUAUCUUGAAUAAAUUUGUCAUUGAUCCUCCUUUUGCUC